AUGAACAAGUGAGUAAGCGAUCAAGGGAAAGAGAGCGAGAGAGUGAGAGAAAGAGAGCGAGGGCUCUGAAUUGUGAGUGGCUUACGACACUCAGUGAACAGAAGGUGCUUCUGCAUGCGCUGUUAGUGUACUGGUCUGCUGCAAGGGAUUGCUCGCGCCUUCGCUUCCCACAUUUACCGCCCCUGCCUGCCGGACCUGCACCAGCCUCCAGCAGCCUCUUCCAGCUGGCUGACGAAACAUUCGGAGAGCAAGGGAGUAAACGAAACCUGUGAACCACAGGGGAUGCAAGUCGGCUACAAACCUAUACCAGCCACUGGGAUGACAAGGAAUUCUGUUACACAAGAAAACUGAGAAAAGGAUUCGCCUCUGUAAUUUUUUUUCUUCUUUUUUUUUUUGUCGCUUUCGUCACAGGAGACACGAUUAACAGCUUAAAUGGAUUUAAACCUUAAAGGUCCGUGAUUUCUUGCUGUGACGGACAGCAAUACAUUUCGACAGAUCUGCUGAAACUUAAUCAGAGAGGAGAAAAGACUGAUAUUCAGAAAUUAUUCUUCAUCAGUUUUUCUUGUUGCUUUGGUUGUCUCUUCUUCCCUCUGAUCCUUGCAGCAGAAGACUGCAGAGGAGCAAAAGAGACAGAGCUCAUGCAUACAGACAGGGGAACUUGCACUUCCUACCAUCUCACUGAAAGCUACUUGGAUUCUUCCUCUUUCUGGCUCUUUCACUUGAAGAGAACUAAGACAUUGUAAGCCUGCCAAGGAUCUGGUGUCCACUGAAAAGAGAAAAGGCUGGGGGGGGAGGGAUGUGUGCCACAGUGGGGUCUUUUUCAAAUUCGUACAUAAUUAGUGUUGGGGCACAAAGCAAGAUGCUGAAUGGAGAUUGUCAGCUUUUGGAUAGGGGUGAGUAAGAAUCUUUUUGAAUAAGAGCGACUGGAAAGGACAGUUUCAUUUUUCAUCCCUUCUACUCUCCACCCACUGCCGAAUAUCUCUCAGAGGCAAAGAGAGUUGCUCUUUAUUCUUCACAUUUCGGACAAAAGACAGCUCUUUGGACUGAAUGAAAUAAAAAUAUCCAUCUCUGCAAAUAAAAUGCAAAGACCACAUGAAAUCAACUCUUUAAUUUCAUAAUAUGUUAAAGAAAUGAUCUGAGUGCUGCAAAAACAAUAUCCAGAGUGGUUCAAUGGACAUUUUCUCCCUGACAUUCCUGGAUAUUUAUGCUAAUGGAUUUCCUCCUAAUUGGACUGUACUUAAAGUGGCCACUGAAGAAGCCCCCUGGGUUGAUACUGUAUUCGUUGGGUAUAUUUUUGAGAACUGUUCCCUUGGCAGAGGCGGUUUGUCCAAGGCUGUGCCGCUGCGACAGCAAGCUGCUGUACUGCGAGGGGCUCAACCUAACAGACAUCCCCCGCAAUCUGAGCAGCGCCAUGGGCCUGUCCAUGAGAGAGAACAACUUGACCGAGCUGCGUGAAGGCCAACUAGCUGGUCUGUCACAGCUAACCUGGCUCUAUCUAGAUCAUAACAACAUUGACAUUGUAGAGGAGGGUGCAUUUGAGCGGCUGAGACGGGUCAAGGAGUUGGACCUGAGCAGCAAUCGGAUUGAAAGUCUGCCAAAUGGUACCUUCAGGCCCCUCCCAAACCUACGCAUUUUGGAUCUCUCAUACAACAGGCUGCAGGCACUCGAGCCCGACCUAUUCCAUGGCCUUAGAAAGCUCACCAAUUUGCAUUUGCGCUACAACACUCUCAAAUUUGUGCCCGUGCGUAUUUUUCAAGACUGCAGGAGCAUGCAGUUUCUGGACUUGGGAUACAACCAACUACAAAGCCUGGCCAGGAAUUCCUUUGCCGGCCUUUUCAAGUUAACUGAGUUGCAUCUUGAGCACAAUGAGCUGGUCAAAGUCAACCUAGCCCAUUUUCCUCGUCUCAUCUCUUUACGCACCCUCUACAUGCACAACAAUCAUGCCACAAUUGUCGUCAACACCCUGGAGUGGACCUGGCAUUUUUUGGAGAAGAUCGACCUGUCAGCCAAUGAAAUUGAGUACAUCGAGCCACAUGUUUUUGAGAGUAUUCCCAACCUCAAGGUGCUGAUGCUCGACUCAAAUCGCUUGGCUUCUUUGGACCAACGGAUCCUGGAUUCAUGGUCAUCACUGGACAGCAUUACCCUGGCAGGCAAUGACUGGGACUGCAGUCGAAACGUGUGUGCCUUGGCCUCUUGGCUGAGUGCCUUCAGAGGCCAGCGUGACAGCUCCCUGCUGUGUUCAAGCCCCGACACUGCUCAGGGUGAGGAUGUGUUGGAUGCAGUUUAUGCUUUUCAGCUAUGUGAGGAAUCACCAGCACAGGUAACCACAGCAGGCCUGUAUGCCUCAACAAGGGAUCCGGCCAAGGGUGGCUCUGUGUUUCUGGGCCCUUUCACACCAAAUCCUUAUGAGGGUGAGGGUAGCGAGGUGGUCACAAGUUCGUACACUGUCACAGUGGGCCACGAUGACCUGGAAAGCACCAUGCAGAUCCACAAGGUAGUGACUGGUACCAUGGCACUUAUCUUCUCCUUUCUCAUCGUAGUUCUCAUGCUGUAUGUGGCAUGGAAAUGCUUUCCAGCUGGAAUAAGGCAACUGAGGCAGUGCUUCAGCAGCCAGCGUCGUAAGCAGAAGCAAAAGCAAAGCAUGCAGCAGAUGGCUGCAAUUUCUACGCCGGAGUACUAUGUGGACUAUAAACCUAACCACAUUGAGGGAGCUUUGGUAAUCAUUAAUGAAUAUGGCUCUUGCACUUGUCAACAACAACCUUCACGAGAGUGUGAAGUGUGACUUUUUGGACUACGUCUUUACCUGUGAUUAUAUGGAUAUACAGUAAAUCCCUUUUUUGGAUACUGAAGAGAGGGAUAUGCUGUAGAACAAAAGGGAAUAAUUUCAUCUUUUGGACACUUUUUACACAGCUUUUCACUGUGAUGUGGAGGGAGUGUGCUUUACGUGGCUGACUAUGGUGGAUUUAUUGCUACUGCUCUCUACUGCUGAUUUAAAAUCAAAAGGCAUAAUGGGCACCUGACAAUAGGACCUGUUGGUGCUCUGACAAAAAAACUAACAAAAAAAACAACAACAGAAAGGAUAAUGUUUGGGGUACUGGGAGCUUUUCUUUCAUGGAAAGAUAUCUGAGCUUUAAUGUGUCUUUCUAUUUCAGAACAUUUAAAUAUUGUUUAAAGAUAAACUGGGGACAAACAAGAAGAGAAAAAAAUAAGUGAAAGAAAAACAGCAAACCAUUUGUAUUAUGGUACCUUCAAUAUUUCAGGAGCAUUAAAAUAUAUAAAAAAAAAUGUUAAAAAUGUAAAAAAUAAAAGUCUGUGUAAAAUAUGCUAAAAGAAGUGCAAGUGUGGACAAAAUGAAAAAAAUGAUAUUCUAUUUCUUUUGUAAAGUACAAAAAAUGUUUAAAUAAAUGAACCACUAUUCACAGUAAACUCAUUUGUAUGUGAGAAGCCUGUCACAGAGGAAGAACAACAACAUAUGAGGUCUUUGUGCUUCUGGACUAGAGAGCCAUUGUUCUGCAGUGUAUCAAACCCAAAAACAAAAACAAAAAAGCAAUGAAAUACUGGGGGGAAAAAAAUAAAAUCAAAGAGGCAAAUGAUAGCUCCAUCUCAUCUACAACACGAACUGCUUCAGCCACAUUUGCUAGUUUACCAUCCAUUUUAUGAACUGCAUAGGUUUCGUUCUCAUUCCCUCACUGUAAACACAUUCAAAAUAAUCAAUUUCAUUUUGUAAGCAUGCUUUGAUUUCAUUUCAUCACUACCUGUGUUGCACUGAAGUAAAAAGAAGCAGAGAGAUCACACGCUACACCCUUCAUCACUCUUCGGCUGUCGUAGAAAAAGGGUUGCCUCAUUUGGCUGAUUUAAACACCCAAAUUGAUCAAUCAUUUAAAUCAUGCACAUGUAGUUAAAAUGUAAUUCAAGUAGUGUCUGAACUCCUGAGGAGAUUAUCCACCAGCUUUGAGCAAUAUUUGCACAUGCGGUGUUUACCACUGUGUUUCCAUGUGAUAUAAAAUGUUUGUUGAAUA